UAGCGUGUUUUCCUGUUCGCCCAGCCGGAGAGGCUCAGCAGUGCUCCCGCAGUAGCCUUAGCGAGCUGCUCUGUGGAAUCUUUCCCCUGUAUUUCCUGGCCAGGCUGUGUCUGUGAUGUGAUGUCUUUGAAAGGUUUCAUUUAGCUGAGGCUUUGUCCGUGACGUUACUGGGGAAAAAAAAAAAAAUAAUGCAGCGAUGUCCAAAGAGAUUUAUUAGAGACUGGCAUAGUCGCAGCUCUCUUGAAGCCUUCUGAGGAAGCAGCUUUAUCUCAGCUCCUUGUGCCUAAUUCCGUGUUUUGUUGGGACAGCAGGAGUUGUGUGAAGAACUUGGUGAGGUACUUGGGCCUGGCACAUCGUAGAGGUUUUGGUGGCUGUGACUAAGGGGGCUGCGUUUGUAACAGGAGUUGGACUAUACGUCAGAGCAAGCCUUUGAUCUCGGGUUUAAUGUGUUCUGCACAACCUGGACAAUGGGUGUUAGCAGCGGAAUGGGAGAGUUAGCAAGUUGCAGCAGUCUGAGCGUGACUUAGGGCAGAAAGUAAAAUCCUAAAUCAGGAAGGAAAGGGGAUAUUUCUAAAAUGCAGCAGGUUGUUGGCACUUUGUGUGUUCAUCUUGCACUCCUGUUGAAGAGUAACAGGAAUGGCAACCCGAUGCAAUUUGGGAAACCAGAGCUGGACCCAGCAUUUGGUGAAAGGGGAGGAAAGCUGUUAGCAGCUACGGGGUAUUACCUUGCCAUAGGGGUGUCAUGUAAACAGCAUCUCUUUGAAUGCCCCGAGUGCUGCAUGCUCGGCCAUACUGACUGCAGCCUGACAUAUUGGCUCUUGAUUUCCCAAAGCCCCUGGCAAUGCAUCUCCCAAGAGAAAAACCCAACCUUAAAUUUAACUCCAUAUACUCUUUUGUUGUCUCAGCCCCAGGCAAUGUAGCGUGUGAUUUAUAUUAAUCAUGUUUUAAAGCACUGUAGACUUUUAAAGCGCAAGUUCAGAGUAAUAUUGGAGCUUCUGUAUUUAAAUAAAAGCACUGAAAUAGUAUGUCUAAGUAUUGCUCUUGUUAGUCUGCCUAGAAGCUCUCUGUAGUGUGAGGAACUGUUCCAAAUCAGGUGAAUAUUGCUAAUUCCUUAAUUUUCUGGAGCUUGGAGGUUUUUUUUUUGUUUUGUUUUGUUGUUUUCUUAUUUGACUGGUAAGUUUGAGUAUUAGGUGGUACUGUCUAAUCCCUGCCUGCCCUGGAUUUCUAGAAUCUGGUAGGGACUAGACCAUUCUUUGCUAGGGAGCCAGGUGAUUAUACUGAAGUCUAGCUCAGAAGUCUUUUUCAGAAUUUUAUUACUUCCCCAGGAUUUUAUUCUUGUUUGGUGCAUAGUUAAUUUAAUGUUGGUCUUAUUUUGCCUCUGUAAAUCCUUCAUCAUAAAUGAACAUGCUGGAAGUACAAAGCUUUCCUCUGAGCAUGUUGCAUACCUACUUGAAGGCAUUGCCAAAGAAAAUCUACUCUCAGUGAAUGUUUUUAAACAAACUGGUUGUUAACACAUCCCACACAUGUGAACAGCUUUGUUUUCUUACAGCCCCUUCUUCUCACCUUUUACUUUCUGCCGCUGCUGGCUGCUGUUACAGCAGAGGUGAAUCACUUGAAGAGGGAAACCUGUGAACAGAUCCCCCUCACACACCUCCCCAAUCUCUAUCUACCUCCUUUUCUGCCCCUCUACCUCCCCCAAAUCCACCUGAAAAUUCUGUUCUUAAUGAGGACAAAAGCUAGAAAGCAAACUUUUCGGUGGUGUUAGGAAAGUACUUUUGCUGAUAAUGGCGGAUGCACCUCAUUCAUGAAACCUAAUGGUCUGAUUUGGUCUGCAACUAUGUCAUUGACAUUAAACUAUAUCUGCCAGUGUACCUGAAGGUGUAAAGCGCAGUCUGUGAUGUCCUUGUACAGUCUCCUGUGUUUGCUGUUACAGUCUAUGAGAGUGAAUAAGUAAUGUCUGUUUACUAUCUUUCAGCAGAAGUCUGUCUUCUUUAGUAUUUGGUUAGAGUACAGCGUUCAAGGUCAGCACUUGAUUCCUGGAAGAAAUCUGUUGAUUUAUUACUAAGCAUACUCGCGUACUUUCUUUCUUCUUUUGAAAUAUCCUGUUACUCCCUUGCUAGAUAAGAAACUCCAUAAUUAAAAAGUGUUCUGUUUCUGAGCUCCAGUCCAUGCAUCCAAGAAAAGGCGGCAAAGUAGUCAAGCCUAAUGGACUUUGUCAAAUUGUGUUGUGGCCUUUUCAGAUCUAGACGGCCUUUGAAGUUGAACUUUCUACCAGCUACAAAGAUGCAUCUCUUUAUUCCACAUCACUGUAACAAUUGCCAGACCCUCACUGGAGGAUAAAGAGGAAGAACAACAGUCUGUUAAAUUUAAUAGCAUGUGGUAGUGGUCAAGAGCAGUGAAAUGGGUCUUUGCAAAACAUUAAAACACAAAACAAAAACUCAGUGCUGUAUUUCUAGAGGCUCAGAGAUUUGUUGCCUUAGGUGUGUAUUUGUCCCCAUAGAUUGUGUCUUCCAGGACCUGUUCAGUAAUAAGGAAGCUUUUAUAAAAGAGACUUCAAUAUCCAGAACAUAAAUCUGUCUUAAGAAAAAUUUAUUAAAUUCUAUUACAUGGGCUGUCUGUGAUGUCUUAUGGUUUUAGUAAUUAAAAAAAAGUAAUGCCUGCUUGCUGGGUAAAGUGAAGUUAUAAACAUGGUGCCGCUCAUAUGGUAAUAAUAAGUUUCUAGUAACUCUCCAGGAAUUAGCAAUGAUUAAUUUGACAACAGAUAACCACCACAAAUGUUCUUUACAGAGGUAUCAAACCUGGGAAAACUCUAGUACAGAGUGGGUUUUUUUGUUCAGUUGGUUUGGGGUUUAUUUUGCCACUGAAUAGAAUGUGAGGUAUUUAUUCUGCUUUAAGAAAGCUGUUUGAGUAGGAUGUUGAGAAUGCUUUCAUUACAUGGGAUCACAUACUAAUUUAGAAUUUCUCUUACAAUACCAAGGGAGGAGGGAGUGAGGAAGCGUGAACCAGAACUCAUCCUGAAUCAGAAUGAUUUUUCCCUCUACCAGAAGAGAAUUGGGAUGUUUAUGUGAUACGUCAAGGCUUAAAACUGAGAGAAAAUGACUGCAAUCAAGCAUGCUUUACAGAGGGAUAUUUUCACUCCCAAUGAUGAACGCUUGUUGAGCAUUGUGAACGUGUGCAAAGCAGGCAAAAAGAAGAGAAACUGCUUUUUGUGUGCCACAGUGACAACGGAACGACCAGUGCAAGUAAAUGUGGUAAAAGUGAAAAAAUCUGACAAGGGAGAUUUCUACAAAAGGCAGACUGCAUGGGCUCUUCGAGAUCUCGCUGUUGUUGAUGCCAAAGAUGCUGUUAAAGAGAAUCCCGAAUUUGACUUGCAUUUUGACAAAGUGUACAAAUGGGUUGCAAGCAGCACAGUGGAAAAGAACACCUUCAUUUCAUGCAUCUGGAAACUCAAUCAAAGAUAUCUCAGAAAGAAAAUUGACUUUACUAAUGUUAGUUCACAGCUUUUAGAAGAAUCCGUUCCAAGUGGAGAGAAUCAAAGUGUGGCAGGAGGUGAUGAAGAGGCUGUGGAUGAAUACCAGGAGUUAAAUGCAAGAGAGGAACAGGAUAUUGAAAUAAUGAUGGAAGGGUGUGAAUAUGCUAUUUCUAAUGCUGAAGCCUUUGCAGAGAAGUUGUCGAGAGAGCUACAAGUGCUAGAUGGGGCAAAUAUCCAGUCAAUUAUGGCCUCAGAGAAACAGGUGAAUAUCUUGAUGAAGUUGCUGGAUGAAGCUCUAAAGGAAGUUGACCAAAUUGAGCUAAAACUGAGCAGUUAUGAAGAAAUGCUUCAGAGUGUAAAAGAGCAAAUGGAUCAAAUUUCAGAAAGCAACCACCUAAUCCAUCUCAGCAACACAAAUAAUGUGAAACUACUGUCAGAGAUAGAGUUUUUAGUGAAUCACAUGGAUUUGGCUAAAGGUCAUAUAAAGGCCCUUCAGGAGGGAGAUCUGACAUCUUCUCGAGGCAUUGAGGCCUGCACUAAUGCAGCAGAUGCCCUUCUGCAGUGUAUGAAUGUAGCUCUUCGUCCAGGACAUGAUAUGCUUCAUGCAGUGAAACAGCAACAGCAGCGGUUUAGUGACUUGCGUGAGCAAUUUGCACGGAGACUUGCCAGUCAUUUGAACAGCGUAUUUGUUCAGCAGUUUACUCAGACCCUCCUUCAACUCUGUAACAGGUCCUACUAUCUUUCAGUUCCAGCAGGUCACGAUCAGAGUUCUACUCUCGCCCAGCACUCAGUUGAAUUGACAUUACCCAAUCACCAUCCAUUUCACAGAGAUUUGCUUCGAUAUGCUAAACUGAUGGAGUGGCUCAAGAACACAGAUUAUGGAAAAUAUGAAGGGCUAACAAAGAAUUAUAUGGAUUAUUUAUCACGACUAUAUGAAAGGGAAAUAAAAGAUUUCUUUGAAGUUGCCAAGAUCAAGAUGACAGGCACAACCAGAGAAGGAAAAAAGUUUGCUACACUGCCUCGAAAAGAAAGUGCUGUCAAACAGGAAACUGAGAGUCUUCAUGGAAGUUCUGGAAAAUUGACUGGGUCUACUUCUAGCCUAAAUAAACUCUCUGUUCAGAGUUCGGGAAACCGUAGGUCUCAGUCAUCCUCACUGUUGGAUAUGGGAAACAUGUCUGCCUCUGACCUCGAUGUGGCUGACAGAACAAAAUUUGAUAAGAUUUUCGAGCAAGUAUUAAGUGAACUAGAGCCUCUGUGUCUGGCAGAACAGGACUUCAUUAGUAAAUUUUUCAAACUACAGCAACAUCAGAGCAUCUCAGGAACAACAACGAAUGAAGCAGAGGAAAUGGAUGGAGGAACUUUAUCUCGUUCAUACACUUCUGGUGUUCCACAAACAAUAUCAUCUGAGAAGGACAUGAUCCGACAAAUGAUGACAAAAAUAUUCCGUUGUAUUGAACCUGAGCUGAAUAAUCUUAUAGCACUGGGGGACAAGAUCGAUAGCUUUAAUUCCCUUUAUAUGUUAGUUAAGAUGAGUCAUCAUGUAUGGACAGCACAAAAUGUGGACCCAGCUUCCUUUCUCAGCACAACACUUGGAAACGUUUUGGUGACUGUCAAAAGGAACUUUGAUAAAUGCAUUAGUAAUCAAAUGAAGCAGAUGGAUGAAGUAAAAAUCUCAAAGAAGAGUAAAGUUGGGAUCCUUCCAUUUGUUGCUGAAUUUGAAGAGUUUGCAGCCCUCGCUGAAUCAAUUUUCAAAAAUGCAGAACGACGAGGAGAUCUAGAUAAAGCCUACAUAAAACUUAUUCGAGCUGUUUUUGUCAGUGUUGAGAAAGUAGCUAAUGAAAGCCAGAAAACACCCAGAGAUGUGGUCAUGAUGGAGAACUUCCAUCAUAUUUUUGCAACACUUUCCCGUUUGAAAAUUUCUUGUCUUGAGGCUGAGAAAAAAGAAGCCAAACAGAAAUACAGUGAUCAUCUUCAGUCUUACGUAAUUUACUCACUCGGACAGCCUCUCGAGAAAUUAAAUCAUUUUUUUGAAGGUGUUGAAGCUCGUGUGGCACAAGGUAUACGAGAAGAGGAAGUAAGCUAUCAACUGGCUUUUAAUAAACAAGAGCUUCGUAAAGUUAUAAAGGAAUAUCCGGGUAAGGAAGUGAAGAAGGGAUUGGAUAAUCUCUACAAGAAGGUAGAUAAACAUCUCUGUGAAGAAGAAAACUUGCUUCAGGUUGUGUGGCAUUCCAUGCAAGAUGAGUUUAUACGGCAAUACAAGCACUUUGAAGGGCUGAUAGCUCGCUGCUAUCCUGGAUCAGGAAUUACUAUGGAAUUCACUAUACAGGAUAUUUUAGACUACUGCUCCAGCAUUGCACAGUCUCACUGAGUUCUAAAAAGGGAAGGUUUGGUGCCUGCGUGUAAGGGAACCAAACACUAAAAAUGCCGUUUGUUUUUAAAAGGUGGGUUUCCAUGUGUAUGUGUAGUUAACUGCCAUAUAUUUCAAGUUACACUCCUGCUUUAGACGUCCUUCAGGGCAAAAUGAAACCUUCGGGGAUUUGUUGCUCUUCUACUGGGUUGAAGUACUGUUUGGAAGCACUAACUCCGCGAAACACUUCGGAUGUAGUUUUUCCCUUCCCCUAAUGUUCAGAGAAGUUUAUUUAUAAUCCCCUCUCUUGCUGAAAGCAGUAAGCACUACCUUCAUAGUACACAAAAAGGAUACUACUGUUUUCACUAAUAUUUUGCAUCUUGGAAAUUAUGUAAGCAUUAAAGACUAUCAGAUCUUUUCCCUUCCUUGUUCUGGAAAGUAUGGAUGUGGAGCUUUAUGCAGUGGGAAUACUGAAUUCAUGUUCUGAGACAUAGUGUGGCUGUAAUUCUUAAUUAAACUGUGUUGAUUGUAUUCUUUA